GUCAAGAGAGCACAUCCUAUUGUACUCAAUGGUCUUGAAGAUACAGCUGAAGAGAUAAAUUCCGAUUAUCUGUGUCCAGUGUGCCUUGACCUCAUCUCAGAGGCACAUGUAACCAAGUGUGGCCAUACUUUCUGUCAUGCAUGCUUAGUGUGCAGUAUAGAGACUGAUAAGCGCUGUCCCAAGUGCAAUUUUGCUAUUGAUAGUGUAGAAAACAUUUUUCCAAAUCACACUGUGAACCAACAAAUUAAACAGCGUCGUGCUGUGGAUCUGCAAACAGCCUUUGCAAAAAGACACAAGUCAGCGGCACUUAGUGAACUACGGAACUACCUAAGCUUUGAUUCCUCUUGUCUUAGUGUUAGUGAUAUAUCUGACCUUACUAGUAUUCUACAGGAGAAAAGAGAUCAGAUGGAAAAUGCCUCUAAGCGUAACAAGUAUGAACUCAUGAAGGACUUCUUGUCUGAACUAAGAAAACACAAAGAGGAACAGCUGGAUACAAUAAGCAGGGAGUUAAAACUCAUAACUCAUGAUUUGUCAAGCGUACAAACAAAUCUUGAAAGUGUCUCACCAUACAGUGAUAGUCUAGUUAGUUGUGUUCCCCAAGGAAAUAGUAUUCUCGAUGCUGACUGCCCAGGAACCUCUAAUGGUUCACAGGAUUCACGAAGCCCCACAGAAGAAGGAUUCAAUGUACCCUUAUUCAGCCAGGCAAACCCCCAAACCUCCACCAUAGAUGCAAAGCGGAAGCGAAUGCAUCUUCAUUUUAAGGAGUUGGUGGAACGAUACUUCAGCAUGCGUGUUCCUGGGUUCAGUGACUCUGGGUUGAGGAAGGGAAGGGAUGGUCUUGAACAGUUUGGAGAAUGCAUUAGUAAGUUUACCCAGUAUAGUAGCAUGCGACCUCUGGCUACAAUUAAUUAUAACUGUGAUAUGUUUCAUCAGUCAAGUAACAUUGCAUCUAGUAUAGAAUUUGAUAAGGACAGUGAAUUUUUUGCAGUGGCAGGUUUGACAAGAAAGAUCCGUAUUUUUGACUAUGGCACAGUAAUAAGAGAUACAGUAGACCUGCACUAUCCAUGCUCAGAGAUGAUCUGUCCCUCAAAGAUUAGCUGUGUUAGCUGGAAUAAUUAUAUGAAGCAUAUGUUAGCUAGCAGUGAUUACAAUGGAACAGUCACUGUUUGGGAUGCUUUCACUGCCCAGCGGUUACAUGUUUAAGAGCAUGAGAAAAGGUGCUGGAGUGUAGACUUUAACAGAAUGGACACAAAGCUUGUGGCCUCUGGCAGUGAUGAUCACAAAGUAAAACUGUGGUCAUUAGAUAGUGAGAGGUCAUUGACAUGCCUGGAAGCCAAAGCAAAUGUAUGUUGUGUGCAGUUCAAUCCUGCCAGUCGUUAUCAUUUGGCAUUUGGGUCUGCUGACCACUGUGUUCAUUACUAUGACCUUCGAAACCUAAAGGAAGCAGUAAGGGUGUUCAAAGGUCAUCGUAAAGCUGUAUCAUAUGUCAAGUUUAUUUCCAGUGAAGAUAUUGUUUCAGCAUCAACUGACAGCCAGCUGAAAAUCUGGAAUGUGAACAGUGCUCACUGUGUGAGAUCCCUACAGGGACAUACAAAUGAGAAGAAUUUUGUUGGGUUGGCAACUGAUGGUGAAUAUGUGGCUUGUGGUUCAGAGAAUAAUUCCCUCUAUGUUUACUAUAAGGGACUGUCUAAAAAACUAUUUAGCCUAAAGUUCGAUCAGAGGAAGUGGUUUUUAGAUCCUGAGCAGAAGGAAGAGGAAUCCACAGUUGUGUCUGCUGUCUGCUGGCGGAAAGGAUCUAACAUCAUAGCUGCUGGCAACAGCAAAGGCAUCAUAAAGAUUCUGCAGAUGGUGUAGAUGACAGAGUUGCAAUGACUUAAGACCUGUUCAAAGAUGCAUAUAUAAUGAUGUGGUUAGGAAAGGAUGGUUAGAAUGAUCAAUGUAAUUGAAGACAAGUUUUAUUUGGUGGUGAGGUGUUCCUUGUGCUUUUUACACCUCUUGGUAUUUGUAUCCCUAUUUCUUUUUCUCUUAACUUUGGCCCUUCUUUUUUGAUAUUUGGGAAGGGUCAUGGAAAUAUUUAAAGGAAGAAAUU